GGGGAGCGUGGAGUGUGUGCAUAGGAAAGAGAGAGAGAGAGAGAAGAGAAGGGGGGAGAGAGAGCGCGUGUGUGUGGAAAAAGGAAGCGGAGCCUGUAAACGGUGAACUCACUGGUUUCCUACCCCUCGAAACAACUAACAGCGCUGUUAUUUUUCAUGUGGACACUAUCAUCGACAGCAACAAUAACACGGCCAAAGGGAAUAGGAGCAAUUUCGAGGGGGGGGGACUAGCUAACGUUAUAGUGCCUUUGCUCGGCAAUUUGGGACGCGAACAGUCCAUCAGUAAAGUGAAACCGUCUUUUGUUGAAGCAAGUGCUCGCCUGAGCCCCUCCGUGCGGGUUACGGGUUAAAAAAACAACAAAACAAAACGGGGGGAUAAAAAAGUGUCCGUGUUCGCUUCGUUUUGUCCCGGUUCUUGGAUUUGGCCCAGCUGGCUUGCCUUUCUUAGGUUCGGUGGGUCAUCUCGGUCGGAUCGCGUUUUCAACUUGUUUGCAGCAGUCUCUGGGACUCCCAAGAAUCACCAGACUGGCGGCUUUUCUGAAACACUGGGGUUGUUGGUGUGGCCAAAUUUUCCCUGGAUUUGACUGGUAAAUUUAGAAGACUGAAGCCCAGGCUCACAGUCUACCUUUCACGGAGGCCCAGCCGUGAGAGGACUGAGGAAGGCACGUGGCGGAUCAUGACGGCCGACAAAGAGAAGGAGAGGGAGAAAGAGCGGGACAGAGACAGAGACAGGGACCGGGACAAGAGAGAGGCCGGUAAGUCCCGACGGCAGGACGGGGACAGGGGCGACCGUGAGAGUGAGAGCUCCCGGCCCAGACGCAGCUGUACGUUGGAGGGUGGGGCCAAGAACUAUGCAGAGAGCGAGCACAGCGAGGAUGAGGACAACGACAAUGGCAGCACAGGUGGAGGCAGCGGCACGGCCGAGGAGGCCGGCAAGAAGGGCAAAAAGAAGACGCCUAAGAAGAAGUCACGCUAUGAGCGCACAGAGAACGGAGAAAUCACGUCCUUCAUUACAGAAGACGAUGUUGUUUACAGACCCGGAGAUUGUGUGUACAUUGAAAGUCGGCGGCCCAACACUCCCUAUUUCAUUUGUAGCAUUCAGGAUUUCAAGCUGAGUAAACGGGACCAUCUGCUGAUGAAUGUGAAAUGGUACUACCGCCAGUCAGAGGUGCCCGACUCUGUCUACCAGCACCUGGUGCAGGAUCGCAACAAUGAGAACGACUCUGGUCGGGAGCUGGUUAUCACAGAUCCAGUGGUCAGGAGUCGAGAGCUCUUCAUCUCUGACUAUGUGGACACUUAUCAUGCUGCUGCUCUCAGGGGGAAAUGCAACAUUUCCCAUUUCUCCGACAUUUUUGCUGCCAGGGAGUUCAAAGCCCGCAUCGACUCCUUUUUCUAUAUCCUCGGAUAUAACCCAGAGACCAGGCGACUAAACAGCACACAAGGGGAAAUCCGAGUGGGACCCAGUCACCAAGCCAAGCUCCCAGAGCUGCAGCCUUUCCCCUCUCCUGGUGGCCAGGCCGUGACUGAGAAUGAGGAGCUGGUCUGGAUGCCAGGGGUUAAUGACUGUGAUCUUCUCAUGUACCUCAGAGCCGCAAGGAGCAUGGCUGCUUUUGCAGGGAUGUGUGACGGAGGCUCAACAGAAGAUGGGUGUCUAGCAGCCUCUCGAGAUGACACUACAUUAAACGCACUUAACACUCUUCACGAGAGCAGCUAUGAUGCAGGAAAAGCUCUCCAGCGUCUGGUGAAGAAGCCUGUACCCAAACUGAUCGAGAAGUGCUGGUCUGAAGAUGAAGUGAAGCGCUUCAUUAAAGGGUUGAGACAGUUCGGCAAAAACUUCUUCAGGAUCCGGAAAGAGCUGCUGCCCAACAAAGAAACGGGAGAGCUAAUUACUUUCUACUACUAUUGGAAGAAGACACCCGAGGCAGCCAGUUGUCGAGCCCAUCGCAGACACCGCCGCCAGCCCGUCUUCCGCCGCAUCAAGACACGAACCGCUUCAACUCCUGUCAACACUCCCUCACGCCCCCCCUCCAGCGAGUUCUUGGACCUCAGUUCAGCCAGUGAAGAUGACUUUGACAGUGAAGACAGUGAGCAGGAGCUGAAGGGCUACGCCUGCCGCCACUGUUUCACUACCACCUCGAAGGAUUGGCACCACGGGGGCCGGGAGAACAUCUUGCUGUGCACAGACUGCCGCAUUCACUUCAAGAAGUACGGUGAGCUGCCCCCCAUCGAGAAGCCUGUGGACCCGCCGCCAUUUAUGUUCAAACCUGUCAAAGAGGAAGAGGAUGGACUCAGCGGGAAGCAUAGCAUGAGGACCCGACGGAACCGAGGCUCGAUGUCGACGCUACGUAGUGGUCGUAAGAAGCAGACAGCCAGUCCUGAUGGCAGAGCCUCACCUACCAAUGAGGAUUUGCGCUCCAGCGGUCGUACCUCACCCAGCGCGGCAAGCACCGACAGCACUGACAGCAAGACAGACUCCAUGAAGAAGCCCAGCAAGAAGAUUAAAGAGGAGGCUCCUUCACCUAUGAAGAGUGCCAAACGGCAGAGAGAGAAGGGAGCUUCAGACACAGAGGAGCCCGAGAGGGCCAGCGCCAAAAAGUCCAAGACACAAGAGCUGAGUCGGCCAGACUCACCCUCAGAAUGCGAGGGGGAAGGGGAGGGCGAGGGCGAGAGCUCUGACGGGCGCAGCAUCAAUGAGGAGCUCAGUAGCGAUCCUAAAGACAUUGACCAGGACAACCGGAGCUCCUCCCCAAGCAUCCCCAGCCCCCGUGACAAUGAGAGCGACUCAGACUCCUCUGCCCAGCAACAGCAGCUCCUGCAGAGCCAGCACCCUCCAGUCAUCCAGUGUCAGCCAGGCACCUCAGCCGCCUCCUCAGCACCCCCUCCGCCUACAACCUCAGCCCCCUCGCUACCCCCACAGGUUUCCCCAACAGCGGCCUCCACCUCUCUACCUCCCCAGCCUCUGCCCCAGGCAAGCCCGAUGUCUCUUAUCCAGUCAGGAGUGUCCCUCCACCCUCAAAGGCUUCCCUCUCCACAUUCACCUAUGACUCAGGCUCCGCCUCCUGGCCCCCCAGUCCCACCUCAGUCAUUACCAAGUUCGCAUCAUGGGCCCAUGCCUCCCAUGCCACAUCCACUGCAGCCUGGCCCCUCACACAUGCCUCACCCUCACUCCAUGCCCCCUCAGGGCUUCCCUGUGGGUCAGUCUCAGGUCCCACCGCUACCAAUCUCUGGCCAAUCACAGCAGAGGCCACACACACCUCCUUCCCAGUCUCAAUCAUCUGCUCAGAGUGGAGGCCAACCUCCCAGAGAGCAGCCCCUGCCCCCUGCCCCAAUGUCCAUGCCUCACAUCAAGCCCCCACCAACCACACCCAUCCCUCAGAUACCCAACCCACAGUCCCACAAACACCAACCCCACGUGUCAGCGCCUCCAUUCCCUCAGAUGCCUUCAAACCUGCCUCCACCUCCUGCUCUCAAGCCCCUCAGCUCUUUAUCCAACCUCCAUCCUCCAUCAGCACACCCACCUCCCCUCCAGCUCAUGCCUCAGGGGCAGCAGCUUCAGCCUCCGCCAGCCCAGCCUCCAGUUCUUACUCAGUCCCAGAGCCUCCCACCAUCAGCCAGCCACCAACCUCCUCCAGCUCCUCCUCUGCCGCCCUCUGCUGCAGCCUCACACCCCAACGGGCCACCGCAGCCGCCGUUCUCAUCUCAUCCUUUCAGUACAGUUCUACCUCCAACUGGCCCUCCCCCAUCCUCAUCAAACUCUAUGCCUGGCAUACAGCCUCCAUCUUCCUCCGCUCCAUCCUCCUCCAUCUCCAUGCCACUGCCUGCCUCGGUCACUUGUGCUGGUCCGGGCCCGGCACUCCCACCUGUACACAUCAAAGAGGAGCCUCUGGACGAGUCCGAGGAGCCAGAGAGCCCUCCGCCCCCACAGAGAAGCCCCUCCCCAGAGCCUACUGUUGUCAAUACGCCCAGCCAUGCCAGCCAGUCAGCACGGUUCUACAAGCACCUGGACCGGGGUUACAACUCGUGUGCUAGGACAGAUUUCUACUUCACUCCCCUGGCUUCAUCUAAACUGGCCAAAAAGCGAGAGGAAGCUCUGGAGAAAGCCAAGAGGGAAGCAGAACAGAAAGCAAGGGAAGAGAAGGAGCGAGAGAGGGAGAGGGAAAAAGAGCGAGAAAGAGAGCGGGAACGGGAAAAGGAAGCAGAACGAGCUGCGAAAGCCUCCAGUUCCUCUCAUGAGGGCAGAAUGGGCGAACCUCAGAUGGCCGGCCCCGCCCACAUGCGUCCACCCUUCGAUGGUCCCCCCACUACGAUUGCAGCUGUGCCUCCGUACAUUGGCCCUGACACCCCUGCCCUGCGCACCCUCAGCGAGUACGCCCGACCCCACGUCAUGUCCCCCACCAAUCGAAACCACCCCUUCUUUGUGUCCCUCAACCCUGCAGACCCGCUGCUGGCUUAUCACAUGCCCAGCUUGUACAAUGCUGACCCGGCCAUGCGGGAGCGCGAGCUACGAGAGCGGGAGAUGCGCGAGAGGGAGAUUCGUGAGAGGGAGCUGAGGGAAAGAAUGAAACCUGGUUUCGAGGUUAAGCCUCCAGAGAUGGACACACUCCACCCUUCCACAAACCCCAUGGAGCACUUUGCCCGGCAUGGGGCCAUCACGUUGCCCCCCAUGGCCGGACCCCACCCUUUUGCCUCCUUCCAUCCGGGUCUGAACCCAUUAGAGCGUGAGCGGCUGGCCCUCGCUGGGCCCCAGCUGCGGCCAGAAAUGAGCUACCCGGAGAGGUUGGCUGCAGAGAGACUCCAUGCUGAGAGGAUGGCCACAGUGGCCAAUGACCCCAUCGCCCGUCUACAGAUGUUCAAUGUCACGCCACACCACCACCAGCACUCACAUAUUCACUCCCAUCUCCACCUCCACCAGCAAGAUCCCCUUCACCAAGGUGGUGGUGAAUGUCUUGUGUGUCCUCCAGGUUCGGGGGGCCAUCCGCUGGCAGUCGAUCCCCUGGCAGCCGGACCUCACCUGGCCCGCUUCCCUUACCCUCCCGGCGCCAUCCCCAACCCUCUCCUCGGCCAGCCGCCGCAUGAACACGAGAUGCUGCGCCACCCAGUCUUCGGUACUCCAUACCCACGGGACCUACCAGGAGGUCUGCCACCACCCAUGUCCGCAGCCCACCAGCUGCAGGCCAUGCAUGCCCAGUCAGCUGAGCUCCAGAGGCUGGCCAUGGAGCAGCAGUGGCUCCACGGACACCAUCACAUGCACGGAGGACCACUGCCUGGCCAGGAGGACUACUACAGCCGGCUGAAGAAGGAGAGUGACAAGCAGCUGUAACCAGCCAAGGGAGGCAGCGACUGACAGGUGCAGGACACGGGAAGUUGUUACAGAGUUGUUAACAUUCAGUUUUGAAGAACGGAAAAGGCCAAGUGGAUCGUCUGAGAAUUCUUCUGAUAUUUGUUUUUUGUUCCUGUCAAGGACUUUUUUCUUUUCUUUUUUUUUUAAGACAUUGACUUUCUUUGGUAUAUAGCCAGUAGUGACAACGUCCUCAAGACUCCUGCAUGACAAGCUUCCCUGACAUUUUUUUGUAGGUGCUAGAACAAGACACUGUGCUUAUCAACAACAACAAAAAAAGACCAGAUUAUGGAAAAAUAACAAGUGCUAUCUUAAAUUCAACAUUUAUUUUAAUACAUUGUUGGAGGUUUUUCAUAAUUUUAAGAAAAGCUACAGCAUGGCAUUUUUGAGUCUGUAAAUAGUAUAUAUAAACAUAUAAUUAUUAUUAUAAUUAUUAUUAUUACUAGGUGUGGACUCCAAACCAAGUCGUUUCACCCUCCAAUAUAAUUGUUUUGAAGCAUUAUCCCUUGUUUCAGAGGGGAGCACCAUGGCAUUAUAUGAGCAGUUUCUGAGAGAGUUGUGGUUCAGUUGUGACGUUCCUCUGACAUCACUGUGUUUAGAUUUAGUCCCACAUACACUAUGUAAACCAUAAACCUGUCACACCCACAUCCAUUCAUCAUACACGUUUGACACGCAGCACGUUGUCAGAAUGUGUAAACUCACCAUGUUGAGUUCAUGAUUUGAAACACUUGAAGAGGUGACACAGUAGUCGCUGAGGCUUCUGUGGAGUGCACACUGAAGCCAUGGAUUAAAAAGAAAAAAACAAUUUGCACUGAAAGAGUAUUCUUGUGGUCCACUCGAUUGGUUUAAUCCUUUUGCUUAAAAUCAGAAUUUAAGUCAACAAAAAUGGAGUAGUACUUCAUUCAAUUUUUUUUUGCUUUUACAGAGAAUGGUUUUAAUAAUGAUUUUAAAAAUGUGGACACCAGAAACACAUUUGGCUGAACGUAAGAAAAAUUGCUCUGUGUUCUUUUAAAUUAUCGGGACCUGAAUUUUAACUUUGUUCACUAUAACAGGAGCUUAACAGGACUUUACGAUUGUUUUUAAUGUGUGAAUGGUUGUGAGUCGGUGCUACUUGUGUUGUGGUGUCCCCUUUUCUGUACCUGGUCCAGUCAUCCAUGUUUGAUGCAGGGCUCAUAUACGACAGAGUCAUCCUCCAACUAGGCUGUAAUAAUGUUCACUGUGACACUAGAGGGGGCCUGCUGACACGUGACGACCAGGACCGUGGAGUUAGAGGGGUCGAUGAUUGUGCAUGAGUGUGUGUGUGUGUGUUCUCCUCACAAUGUUUCCAUAUGCCUUGGUUCCUUAGGGAUACACACGACUUCCUGGGCCUCAGGAGUGGUGUGUUUGUGUGUGCCGCUGACUGUUACAGGUCGUGUUGACCUGUCAUACCAGUGCACAUGAGCCCAAGUUUUAUUUUCAUUUUAUUUUUGUCUUUGUUUUUUGCUGUAGCCAUGACAUGAGUUCUGCAUUUGACUGUUCAAGACUGUUCGACUGUCAAAGAAAUUUAGAAAACUCUGGCUAUUUGUUUUUUUAACCAAACGAAGAAACUGUACUUGCAUUGAAAGUGACCAUAUCUUUCCUUGGAGCACUAUAAUUUACAUUUAAACGCUUGCAAACAUCAUCAAACUCAUGCCCCCCUUUUUAAAAAUCUUUAAAAAGUCUUUGAAGCCCUGACAAGAACCUGUCACUCUGUCUUGCCAUCUCCCACCAAUUCCUGUCUCUCUUCUGACGACGAGCUCCUCAUCAUCAUCUUUGCCUCGUUUCCUGACGAUUCCCUUGCCUUUUACUCCCUCUUUUUGUGUCUCCAAAACCUUUGAUGUUAAGUGUUGUCAAUGGUUUAGCUUCUUGUUUCAAAGCGGCAAUAGCAGAAUGUAAAUUCUGACUGCUAAGAUUUAUAUAUAUACUGGUAUCUUGAAGCUUAUUGUAUAUAUGAGUAGUCGCCAUGGGAUGACACAAUGUAAACAAAAAGUAGAAAUAAUAAGAAAAAUUGUGAGUCCUGUGUUCUCUCCAUUUGAGUAUUUUGUAAUUUUUUUGAAAAAUUUGUGGAAUUAAAAUAAACGACUAAGUUACACCACAA